AUGGACUACCCGUCCUUCAUACGGGGUCCUCCGCCCUUUGGCCGCUCGAUGGGCCGGUUCGACGAAUACUACCGCUGCUACCCAGUGGUCAUGAUGAGCGGGCCUGAUCGGAAGAAUGUCAACUAUGGUGGAAAGGUGUUCAUGCCUCCUUCGGCACUGGACAAGCUGACAAGGCUCCACAUUACAUAUCCCAUGGUGUUCGAGCUGAUAAACGGGAAUAAAGAAAAGAGUACCCAUGCUGGUGUUCUUGAAUUCAUCGCAGAGGAAGGGAGAAUAUACUUGCCACAAUGGUUGAUGAAAACUCUCGAGUUGGAUCCCGGCGACCUUCUUCAGGUUAAGUCCACAGAUCUCCCUCCCGGCAAGUUUAUCAAGCUCCAACCUCAGUCGCCCGCAUUCCUCGACAUCUCAGAUCCACGAGCCGUCCUCGAAAACGCAUUCCGCAAUUUCUCCUGUCUGACAAAGGGUGACAUCUUUACGUUCGAAUACAAUGAUCAGACGUACGAUAUUGCCGUACUGGAUAUCAAGCCAGACACAGAUUCGCACUCUAUCGUGACUAUGGAGACUGAUCUGGAAGUCGACUUUGCCACCCCCAUUGGAUACGUUCCUCCGGAGCGAACGAGUGGGACAAGCACACCUCGAAGUGGCGUGGGAAGGCCACACGGUGGACCAGUACAUUUCCAGGGAACCAUGGCACAAUCAAUCAAUUACGGAAGCAUAGCCCCUUCGUCAAAUACAGCUGCUGCCGGUGCUCGCGCUGUCUCCUCACAUUUCCUUUCGGAGGGCCAUAAGCUCAGUUCGAAGAAGGGAUCGAAAGCUCCCACACCCAAUGCAUCUACACCUGUAGGCGGAGUGUCCACGAAUGCCGCCAACCCUGCACCGCCGAGAAGAACAAAUGGACCCCAACCCUUGCGUCUGGCACCUGGAAAGCUGUUUUUUGGGUACGAAGUCAAACCGUUGCGCAAGCGGGACGAAAACGGGGAGCCCGUUGGCGGCGAUGAAGUGAAGCCUCAUUUUAAGGGACAGGGCCAGACGCUGCGCCAAAAGAAACGAGCUGGUGGUGGAGGGACAGACAGUGGAACAGCGAGCGGCGUGAAUAGUGACGCGGAGGGGAAAGCCAAGCCUAAGGGCACUGGACGGAGGUAG